ACAACUUUCUUCUCUUCUAUUUUCUUUAUUAAAUUUUAGCAAUUAUAAUUUUUCAUAUUUCUUCAGGUUAACAAGAUAUUUUUCCUAUUUAUCAUGUUAUUGAUCAUUUCUUAAGUUGUUCAAAAUAAGUGAUUUUUUUUUUCUCCUAACUGACCCAUAUCGUAAAGACAAACUGAGUUAACAUCUUCAAUCUGCUAUUUGAGUGAGCCGCCAAAAGUUUCUCACCAGUUACCCCUCUUAAGAAGAAUUUUUGAGCUUAGCUUAUAGAAAUCCCCAAUUUAAAAAGCUAGUGUUUCAGCCAAAAUCAGAGUGGUUUGGACAGAUGAAGUUGGAAUCCUGUAUGGAAAUACUGGUAGAGCUCUUUCUUUGAGUUAUCAACCGGUCAAAAGAUUUUAUCUUUUGACUAAGAGGGGAAAAAUCUGCAAGGUCUAUAUUGCUUGUUUAAGAUAUUUCCUUUUCGAAAAGGGAAAUCUCAUCCAUUUGCUUAUAGGCGCAAGAAGAAAGGGAUACCCAUUUCUUUCAGAUAAUUUUACCAAUCUGAAUCUUCAUGGAUGGUGUUCAAGAACUGCAACCAGAAAUGACAGCUGUUAAUGAUGGAGAGACACCAGACUCGAAUAAAGGCUAUCUAUUUUCUGUUGACGAUAAACUGCAGCUUCCUAAACUCGUACAUUAUAAAUGGUGGUUACGUGUGACUUGCUAUACCCUCUUUGUUCUCUCAGGCCAAUCUGCUGCAACUCUUUUAGGAAGGCUAUACUAUGACAAAGGUGGCAAUAGCAAAUGGAUGGCAACAUUUGUUCAAUCUGCUGGCUUCCCAAUUCUACUUCCCCUUCUUUUCUUCGUCUCCCCUUCUGCCAAUUCUUCUUUAGCAACUAAACCAAAAUUAUCCACAUUUUCACUUCUUUAUCUCGCCUUUGGCAUACUCUUAACAGGUGACAAUUUGAUGUACUCAUAUGGACUCCUCUACCUUCCUGUAUCCACUUAUUCGCUGUUGUGCGCAACCCAGUUGGCCUUUAAUGCAGCCUUCUCAUUCUUUCUUAAUUCACAAAAGUUCACUGCUUUAAUAUUCAAUUCUCUAGUCCUUCUUACUACUUCAGCCUCCCUUCUCGCGGUUAAUGCUGAUUCGGAGAACCCUUCAGGGAUUUCUAAAAGCAAGUAUGCAAUUGGAUUUGUAUUCACAGUUGCUGCAUCUGCAACAUUCUCUUUAUACCUUUCUUUAGUGCAACUAUCUUUUGAAAAGGUUAUAAAGAGUGAAACCUUCUCUGCUGUAUUGGAUAUGCAAAUAUAUCCAUCAUUUGUUGCAACUUGUGGAUGCGUAGUGGGGCUUUUCGCAAGUGGAGAAUGGAGAAGUUUGAAAAAUGAAAUGCAGGAGUAUGAAGAGGGGAGAAUAUCCUAUUUGAUGACUCUAAUUUGGACUGCUAUUACAUGGCAAAUUUCUUCUGUGGGUAUGUUGGGAUUGAUCUUUGAGGUGUCCUCUCUUUUCUCUAAUGUAAUUAGUACUUUGGCAUCGCCAGUUGUUCCUAUUCUUGCUGUGAUAUUUUUCCAUGACAAAAUGGAUGGAGUAAAAAUUAUAGCCAUGUUGAUGGCAAUCUGGGGCUUGUUGUCCUAUACUUAUCAGCAUUAUCUAGAUGAUGCUAAAUCCAAGGCAAAUAGUGCUACUGCCAAUGAAGUUGCUGGCUCUCAAUUAGAAAUGUGUUGAUAGUUUGCUGAUUUUUACUAGUUAGAAAUCAUUAAUUUGUAAGGUGAGAAUGAGAUUAGGUACUUCUAAUCUUUCUAAUGGUUACAAUAAUGAGGUUCUCAAAUUUGAAAUUGUUA